UCCUAUCCUUUUGUUACCAACUGCAGUCCAAGUUCUUGGAUAUUUCUGCUGGAGAGCAGGUGCUGAAGAACUUACUUUAUGUGGCCAAAGUGAUCUACCUCAUCUCACCAGAGUCUGAUCCCACAAAUCCAGCUGAAGAACAGGAGGAUGAGGAGAAAUAAACGACGGAUAACAUGGAGGAGAAUGAAGGGGAGGAAGAAGAGGAAGAUAAGAAGCAGGAGCUUGAGGAGCAACAGAAUGAGAACAAGCCUCCAUCUCUCCUCUGGGUGAUGAAGAAGCUUUCAUUACUGGCCAAAAGAGAAGCAGCAGACACGCCGAAAGUGCCUUUGAAGAGAACUUGUGUUUUUAAGUUCUUGGGAGCCAUAGCUGUGGAUCUCGGAAAAGAUCGACUUGGGCCGUAUCUGACCACUAUCAUCGCUCCUCUCUACAGAGAGCUGGACAGCACAUACGCAGACCAAGACCCCACACUAAAGAAUCUGGCUCAGGAGUUGAUCGAGUUGUUGAAGAAGCUGGUCGGUCUGGAGCGAUUCUCUCUGGCUUUUGCCGCAGUGCAGAAAGAAGCCACUCAGAGACGAGCUUCACGCAAGAAAGCCAAAGCCAUACAGACUGUUGUAAAUACUGACAUUGCUGCCAGAAAGAAGGUAAAGAAGCAGUUAAAGAAAAACGAGGCCAAAAAGCGGAAAAUCGCAUUUGUGCGUACAGGACAUAAAGCAAAGAAACAUAAAAGCACGUCACUGAAAGACUUGGCUAUAAUCAGCUGAUUCAUUUUGCUGCUGUUUGCUAAAUAAUACAUCGCCACAUGUGCACAUGGCAGUUGAGAGGGUCUGUCCGUUGACUGAGUCUGUGUCAGUA